AUGUUGUAUUACUUGACUUGGUACAGGCGCAAGAAAUUUAUCGGAAAUUGUGGAUUGCUAGAUAAAUCCAGUGCAAAAAUCCAAUUGAAACAAAAUCAGAGGGUGAAUAACAGGGGUGACAGUACAGAUGAAGGCCGCACAAGUGGCGCACUUCCAUUUGGGUGCAAACGAUGGGACCUUAGGAAAAAAUUGAACAAGUGGCAAUUAGAAAAUUUGCUUCUUUCUAGUGGUUUCAUCUUGAUAAAAAAGAAAAAUGCAUAUAUUAUAUACUAUUAUUUUAAUCAGUAUUUAAAAAAAAUACUAUUUGAUGAUGAACAAACUAGUUCGAAAUUUUACAGAGGAAGCAUUAAAAAAUGGAAUGUCAGAAGAAGAACGAAUGAUACAUUUAAUAGAAUGCUAUACGGGACUUACAAGGGACAUGGAAGUAAUAGAACUGAUUUCUAA